AUGGAAAUGGAUUUGAAUCAGAGCCCGGAUUCAGGUGAAGGUCAAACGUUGCAGAUGUCGCUGGAAGAGCAGCAGCGGCACCAUUCUCAAGUUGUUCUUCUUGGGAUUGCAGCAGAUGAUUCAAGGCAUUUUACCCCAAUGUCCAAGGAGACAAAUGCUGAUGGGAAGGUGAAAAGAAGCACUUUUGCGUGUAUCAGCUGUCAUUCGAUGAAGCAGAAAUGUAAUCCGACAGACCCCACAGAUAUAUACAGACAUCCCUGUAUCAGAUGUGCAAAGUUGAACAAGAUAUGUCAGUUUGAUUUGUCCAAGAGGAGGAGGAGGAAGAAGAAAAAGAAGCUCGGGACCGUUGGUGACGGCAAUCUUAGCGGUUAUGUGGGUGCUAUGAAAAAUGGUGGGGCCAGUACCACGAACGGUGAUGGUUCAGCAUUAAAUCCGAAAUCUGAUAUCGUUUUGAAGCCCCUCGGUUCUAAUGGUAACGCAGCAUCAGAUUCCGUAGUUAUGGCAGAUGACGACGAUACUUCUAAUUCGUCUGCAAGAACUCUUUCUCCAUACGUUUCCAUCUCUGCUCCACAGCAGCAACAGCGUGCUGGUCUCGUUGGCAGCGAACAGACGACUAGCUUCCCGUUGGCCUACUCUCUCCCGAAUAAUUACUCAACGCCGACAGCAACGCCUAAUAUCAACCUUGCACCAGGCUUCAAAAUGAAACAACCUCUAACGAAUUCAACGACAUGGCAAUACCCUUCUCCAGCAAUCAGUCAGCAUCAGAGAUUGCUACCGAAACCAUGGUUAGAAGCUGACCUUAAAAAGUUGGAGAAUGCGAAACGUUCGCAUUUACAGCGUUCUUACGCUAAUAAUAUCAUUAACGUACCUCAAACUGACCCAAAUUCAUCUCACACAGCUGCAGUAUUAGGGCAAAGUGCCCUUUCUGUUCCCAGUAACGAUCCCAUGGGGAACAUAACAUACAAUACUCACGCUGAGACAAGCCAUCUCCGUCAUAUCAACCAAGCUAAUUCGCAGCAACUUAAUAACGGUACCGGUCAUACGUUAAAGGCCAUUUCACCUAAUAUCUCCUCGAACAAUAAUUAUCUGCUGAAUUCUCACAACAGUAAACUGAACGGAAAUGGUAACUCCAUUAAUGGCCGUCAUCCUUCUGUAGCGCCUAGGCCUGGCCAAGUUAACGACUAUGAACUUGAAAUAACGAAUCUACUUUCAUGGCAAAAGGGCAGUCUAGAGUCUACAGCUGCAAAACUAACUUCUCUGGCAGUUGCCUGGGACCAAGUUGUGCAGACUGCAUCGGCUGUCCCUCUCUAUACGGACCCCUUAGCGUUAGGUUUGAUCUCUGAGCGAGAAGCACUCUAUUACCUACAGCUUUAUCGUGAAACGAUGUCAAAGAAAUUCCAUUUACCAUUGGUUAAAAUUCCAGAUGAUAUUACGAUCGACCAACUACGAAAGACUCAACCAAUAUUGUUUUCUACCAUACUUUCCGUUGUAUCCUUGAUAGUGCCAGCAUCUCAUAAAUCAUCAGUUAAUAAGCUAAAAUUAGAUAAUUUUGCAUUGUCAUUGAUAUGUCAUCAUGGAAUGAGACUAGGAAGCAAGAGCACAGAACUAAUCCGUUCCUUGUUGGUUUUAUGUUUAUGGUAUAAUUUCUCAGAAUGGAAUAAUCAGACCAGGUAUCACUACUUCAAUUAUAUAUGCUGCUCUGCCAUCAGAGAUUUCGAUUUGAACGGUAACAACAGACUAAUGGAUAUGAUGGACUCUGCGCAACAGAACAUGGUCCCAGAGAAGAAAGAUCCUGAAUAUGACGACGAAUUUUAUCGGAUGGUUUUGGUUAUAUAUGUGUCGGGUUUGAAUAUUUCCAUAUUCUUGAGGCAGCCAAUUCAAUUGAGAUGGUCCCCAAAAUUUGACACGUUCUGUGAAGGACUCUUGAAUGGUCAGUAUCCUUCGAAAAUAUACGGAUUUGAAGAUGAUAAGCUCUUCGUAAUUUUCGCGAGAAUUAAUCAUUGCUUAGAACUGAUUCAUACUCAUAUUCAAUUGGCUUCUGGGGUUAUGGAAAACACAUAUAUUACUAUCGAUAACGAGAAAUUUAUUGAAAAGAUGAAAGAUUCAUUGGAUGCUAUUUAUCCCGAAAUUCCACCAGAAAAACACCGUAUUUUGGCAUUUUUCAAUUCGGUAUAUGCAUAUCUUUAUGAAUCCAUUCUAAUAGAUUAUUUCCAACCUAAAACUAUGGAGGAUAAAUUUGAGUUGCAAGAAUUACCAGCAUACGUAGAAGAUGCAUUUAAAAACUGCUUGACAAAGUGCUUGGCAACGUUCAACUAUUUCUUCAAACUUACUCCGGACUUGAUUGCAUCUAUGCCAUUAUUCCAUGUAACAAGAAUAAUUUAUGUUCUUGGUGUACUAUUAUUAAAAAUUAGAUAUGGUGCGAUGACAAUCCCAGCUAUUCAACACCUAAGACCAUUGACUGAUUCAUGCAUCGAUAUUCUUAAGAAUAUGUGUGGGAUAUUGGAUGAGACAUCCAGACUAUAUCCUCAAAACAGUUUCCUUGUGAAAUUACGCUACGUAUGUGCGUUAUUUUCUCAGACGUAUGCCACCAACAUAAGGAAAUAUUUGGAAAGACAAAGCAGGAACUCUGAUCCGGAGAUCAACAAUUUAUUCCAAUCUAAUGAUGUUUCCUCGUUCUUUGUGGAUUCGAUGAUGCUCGAAAAUUCUAUCAAUUCUUUGAAUGACCAAUUCUGGACAGAUAUGUUAACAAACUUACUAUAA